CAAGGGGUGCAACGGCCCCUGCUGGAUCUAUUUCUGCUUGUGUGUCGGUACUCUGUGUAUGUACGCCCGCUUCUCGCUGCUGGCUGGGCCAAAAUAGCACUCGGCUAAUGGCUGCUCAAGACAUUGGCAGCGGCAUUUACACAGCCACGCAGACCAAACGAGUUCGGCAGACUUAUAGCAUCGAGGGCGGUCAUAGUGACGACGUAGCCAAGGGCAUCUUCUGCCAGCCGUGUUCCUUGAUCCGGAACGAGCUCGAGGUCCGCCGACGCGAAACGGAGAACCGCGGCCUCCAGAUGUCGGGGGGCUUUGGGCCACCACUGCCCCUGGGCGAGAAUGACUACCGCCCGCUGUUCGCAAUGGCCAACUCAGAAGCUUACCGACCGGAGCCCCAGAUGACUUCUAAUGGCCAGCAGAAUCGCGAGGUGCACUUCCACCCGCCUCUGCAGGAGCGGGGGCCGCAAAUGGUCCCGCUGUAUCCAACCGGACUGAACCAGCUGCCACCUAUACCGCAAAUUGCGAGCCCUCUCCACUCUCACGAGGGUCAAGAUCGCAGGUCCCAUUUAUUGACUCCAAUCAGCGAGAGAGACAGCAUCGAAGACCCGCGCGUCCAGCACCAGAGAGAGAAUAUCCCCAACUACCCGCAGGUCCAUAACUGGCUUCAGUCCAUGAGUCCAAGCCCCAAGGACAAGCCUACUGUUGAGAAGGCAGCUCUGGUGCCGGGGCCUGGUAACCCGCCGGCUCUCGUUCCUCCGUGUCCCGGGCCAAGUCACAAGCCCCCGAAGAAGCACGGCAAGAAGAAGGGCCAUAAAGAUGGCUCGCCGAGCAAGCCGAGUGCAGCAGUCAGGUAUCCUGAGUGCAAAGACAAGACAGAUACGCCAGCAGCGCCGGAAAAAGAGGCUCCAGUUCAGACAAAUAGAGACAUGCCUGAGAUCAUCAUCACGCCUGGCGACCACCCCAGAGUCCGGAUAGCCGGGUCUAAGCCAGGCCGCCCACAUGAGAUCACAGUCGACAUUGUGGUGCCAAGUCCUACCGAGGCGCAGCGGCAGCAUAGCAUACAGGUCGAUGUUCGCGUGCCAACGCCGGAGGCCAUACCGAGUCCAGAACACGACCUGUCUGAUGACGAGCGAGUUGGCCCGCCCUCGCUAUCGGACCGCGAGCACAGCAUCAGCAAGGACAAUCGCGUAGCCGUUGAUGCUACGCCUUUCCGCGAGCACGAUAUCGGCUCGGACGAGGUAGUCAGCGACAAGAAUGAAUCGGAGCCAGAGGCUCAGACCCAUGACCUCCCAGACGAUGAGCUAGUAGCAGUGACAAUCUCGCCGUUUGAGCCGCAUGACAUUGAAUCAGACUCUCGAGCCCCUACGCCCAGAGCACUUCCGGCGCGUGAGCACAGCAUCUCCAAGGACUCACGGGUCGCCACGCCUGUCUCCAGGAGGCCUUUUACUCACGGAAUCCGCUUGGACGAGCGAGUCCCAACCCCUGAGCUUCUUCGGACCAACCUGGAGCACGACAUAUUCCAGGACCGCCGAGUGUUGUCGCCGAGCCCAGACUAUGAGGACCACGACCUGCACGCCGACGAGCGAGUCAAGACUCCAGGUCUCUUUCCGGCAAGACAGCACUCAAUCAAGUCGGACAGGCAGGUAGCAGAGUCAGCCGGGACGACCAGGGGACAUGGCAUUCAGGCGGACGACCGGGUGGCCUCGCCGGGCCCGAAGCGGGCCAAGGAGCACUCGCUCAGUGUUGACACGAAAGUGGCGCAACGAGCACACCAGCUACUCGAGCAAUUCUUGGAGCAGGACAAGAAGUCGGGAAGCAGGACGGGGAGCCGGGCCGAGAAGGAGCGGUCAGCUGCGAAACCGGAGUGAUUGCCUACGGGCGGCGGCGGUAGACGGAUACUGCUGACUGAAGCGGGAGAGGACGGAUUGGGAUCGAUUGGAAAGACCCCGACCAACAGCCGGAGGAUG